AUUUGCCUCCGCUAUAAUAGCGUGUAGAGGGCUGUCACCGGAACAAAACCUGGACAGCAUUCAGCAUUCAUACGAAGCCUUCGAGACUCGCAAGAGUGCACACCACCAAAAUGAAGCGGACUGUGACAAUCAUGAGUCUUUUUGCAUUGCGUGUUGCUGCACAAGCAUCACCAGGCCUUCCUUUCGUCAUCAACACAUGGGGAGGACCAUUCACCGCAGCCACCGAUGCAGCCUACCUGUCUUUGCAGAGACCCACCACUUCAGCGCUGGACGCCGUAGAGAUUGGCUGCUCCACUUGCGAGAAGAACCAGUGUGACGGCUCAGUCGGCUUUGGUGGCUCGCCGGACGAGGACUGCGAGACAACCUUGGACGCCAUGAUCAUGGACGGCACGACUAUGAAAUCCGGCAACGUUGCAGGGUUGCGACGGAUCAAGGACGCGAUCGCAGUUGCGCGACACGUGCUAGAGUACACAACGCACACCCUUCUCGCAGGCGAUCUGGCCACGCAAUUCGCUGUCUCGAAUGGCUUCGCCUUGAGCAAUCUCACUACCACAGAACAGACCAAGAGAUGUGCAGCGUGGAGGGAAGAGCAUUGCCAGCCCAACUACCGAAUCAACGUAUCCCCGGACCCAAAGACGUCGUGUGGACCUUACACUGGUGUCGCACUCAAUUCAUCGUCUCCCGUGUACCAAAGAGGGCUCAUUCCUGACGGAAGUCAAACGUCCCACGACACCAUCUCUAUGAUUUCCAUUCACUCCUCCGGUACGAUGGCAGCCGGAACGUCCACCAAUGGCGCAACCUGGAAGGUUCCAGGCCGCGUCGGCGAUGGACCAAUUACAGGCUCUGGGUCGUAUGUUGACGGCGAUGUGGGAGGAUGUGGCGCUACGGGUGAUGGCGACAUCAUGAUGCGUUUCCUUCCUUGCUACCAGGCUGUUGAGAACCUACGGCAGGGUAUGAGUCCAAAAGCGGCAGCCGAGGACGCCGUCAAACGUAUACUAAGGAAGUAUCCUGAUGGCUCCUACGGCAUCGUUGUGGUGGACAAGGAUGGGCAGCACGGCGGGGCGGGAGCGGGAUGGACUUUCACGUAUGCAUUCAGAGGAGGGAAUAUGAAUGCCACUGAGGUGGUGUCAGUCCCGCCAUUGACUGAAGCCAGGCGAAGCGAAAGUGAGACGGUGAUGCAAGCUUAG